AUGACUAUCGAUCCGUCGCGGAAAGAUGCAGAGUGGCUUCUAAGGUGCCUCAAAGAUCCAAACGGCCUCGGUUCUGUCCAAGCCUUUGAGCCACCCCACGAUGAUUGUGGGCAUACGCGGACAUCAUGUCGAGCUAGCCCCUGUCGUGCUCUUAUCCCUGCUCCUCGCCUAGGUUUUGCUGCUGGUCAGAAGAAUGGAAAGGAACCCUGUUUGGUGACCAUUUUGAGACAGCACAAGGUCAAAUAUCUCAUUUGCUGGAUAAAGACUUAUGACAAAAGCAAGCCUGAGCCAGUGAAUGAAACAUCAGAUCAUGUGCCUUUCUUGUCAACAGACUGCUUGGAGGACUUGCCUCCUGUCUGCAUAGGGAGAGAGUUGGUACCGGACCUGGGGUCUGUAGCCCUAACAGUUAGCCAUGUCGAUACUCCAUGCCACGCCGUCGGGGGCGCUACAUUGCAGGCUCCAGCUACAAUUGCCCUAGCCCUUGGCCCUAAGCCCUACGCGGGAACUGAUCUUGCUCCCUGCCUUCUACCUACCUACCUACCGAUCUACCUAUCUCUUUGUUCAUGUUAUUCUAACCCAUGUGCUACCUAUCUUUUUGAGAACGACCCCGCAAAUCGCCUCGGUAUCAAGCUUUGGUACAAACUCAAGGAGAACAAUGAAGAUGCGGAAUUGAAAAUCAUGAUGGUAUCCGUAACACAAUGA